CAGGUCUCAUAGGCUGCUCUCCCAUCAACAGAGCCACUAGACUCCCCUGCUAUGGCCUCCACCUCCUCUUCGGAUGUCGAGCAAGAAGUUAUCUGCCCUAUCUGCCUAGAAUGGCUGAAUGAGCCAGUGACCCUGGACUGUGGCCACAACUUCUGUCGGAGUUGCAACUCCAGCUACUGUGAGAAAUGGGAACGCAAGGGAGCCUUAGAGUGUCCCGUCUGCAAAGCCCAGAUCGAGAAAGGGAAUGUCCGACCCAACUGGCAGCUGGCAAAUAUCUUAGAAAGAAUUAAACUCCUGCCACUGUGUUCACCGGAAUCAGAUACAUGUUCAAAACAUAAGGAAAAACUAAACCUGUUCUGCAAAGAAGAUAUACAUUUAGUGUGUGUACGUUGUGAGAGAUCUCCGGAACAUAAAUCGCAUACCAUGCUUCUCCCAGAAGAAGCUGCCCAGGAAUGCAAGGAUAAGCUCUGUAGGAACCUAAAUGUUCUGAGGAAGGAGAGAGAGGACAUUCUGGCAUUUAAAGCGGACACGGGAAAGGAAUACCGAUACUUGUUUAGGCAAACAGAAAAGGAAAAGCAAAAAACAGUUGCUGAGUUUAGACAGCUGCGCCAGUUCCUAGAUGUACAAGAGAAACUUUUGCUGUCCCAGAUGGACGAAGUGGAGAAAGACAUAGUGAAGAAAAGAGAUGAGUAUAUGAUCAGUGUCUCCAAAGAACUCUGCUGUCUUGAAAGCCUCAUUCGGGAGACGGAGGACAAGUGUCAGCAGCCGACAAUGAGACUCCUGCAGGAUGUUAAAAGCACCUUGAGGAGGUAUCAGCAGAAGGAGAAGUUUGAGAACCCCGUGGCUUUCCCUCCUGAGCUGAAGUUGAGGAUCUGGGAAUUCUGUGAUAUCAAUCCCUUUUUGGAAGGCAUCAUUACUGAAUUCAAAGACAAUCUGGCAUCUCAAGAUCAUCAUCUGCCAAAAGGAGCGAUGGCGGCUCCUCGCUCCAGGAAGAUGGAGAGAGGAAAGCGCAGCUCAGCCUGUGGGGAUUCAGCCAUGGCCGCUCCCCGUCUCAGGAAGAAGUUCAAACAUGAAGCCACUUGCUCCGUCUGCUUGGAGUUCUUCCGCGAUCCAGUCAUUUUAGUUUGUGGGCACAACUUCUGCCGGGACUGCAUUGCUCAGUGCUGGCAGAACUCCUCUGCAGAGGCUGCUGCCUGCCCUCAGUGCCGAGAGAGCUUCCAGCCCAGCGACUUCAGGCCAAACAGGCAACUGGCCAAUUUUGUUGCCAUAACCCAAGAGUUGAGUGGGCAGGUGAGGCGGGAAGCAGGAGCGGGGAGAGGCUGCGAGAGGCACCAGAAGCCCCUGAAGCUCUUCUGCAAGGACGACCAAGCCCCCAUCUGCGUGGUCUGCGACCGAUCCAAGGAGCACCGAGCCCAUGAUGUGGUUCCUGUGGAGGAGGCUGCCCAGGAGUACAAGGAUCAAAUCUAUAGUUUUCUGGAAAUGUUGAGGAAGGAAAGAGAGAAAAUUCUAUCAUAUAAAGCGGACACAGAAAAGGAAAGCCAAAACUUGCUUACUCUAAUAGAAGCAGAGAAGCAGAAGUCUGUGGCUGAGUUCAGACAACUACACCAGUUUCUAGAAGAACAAGAGAAGGUUCUGCUGGCCCAGAUGGAAGUGGUGGAAGAGGAGAUCGGGAAGAAGAGAGAUGAGCACAUGGCCAAGCUCUCAGUAGAACUCUACUCCCUUGAGAACAUUAUGCAGGAGAUAGAGGAGAAAUGCCAGCAGUCAGCAAGUGAGCUCCUGCAGGAACUAAGGGGAAUGGCACUCUCCCGCCAAGAGAGACCAAGUGCACCCUGUGCACGGAGGGCGGGGCUUAGAGUGCCUCAAGUCACUGUCAAAGCCUUCUGUGGUGGCUACUACAUGGGCAUAGAGCCCAAUGCUGUGAAUGAUGCUGAGCCACCAAAGAAUCAAAAGUGGCAGAAUGUCAAAGGCACCUUGCAGAGAUGUAAGGAGAGAAAGAUGUUUAAGAAUUCCACAGCUUUUCCUCCUGUACUGAAAUGGAGGAUUUGGGACUUCUGUGAUAUAAAUCCCUUCCUGGAGGGUGUCAUGAAACAGUUCAAAGACACUCUGCUAUCUGGGUUUCAGCUGCAGAAAGCAAACAUCACUCUGGAUCCAGACACGGCUUAUCCUGCUCUCAUCCUGUCUGGGAAUAAAAAAAGUGUGAGAGGUGGAAACAAAGAUCAAGAUCUGCCUGACAAUCCUGAGCGGUUUGAUGAAUGGGAAUUUGUGCUGGGAUGUGAGGGAUUCACAGCAGGAAGACAUUGCUGGGAAGUCAGUGUGGGAAGUGAGGAAGCAUGGUCCUUGGGAGUUGCCAGAAAGUCCAUGAAGAGAAAAGGUGAUCUCGAAUGUAGUCCUGAGGAAGGGAUCUGGGAUAUUGGGAAGUGGAGUGGUGAGUACAGGGCCAAUAUUCCAGAUAAUGUUCUUACUCUGUCUCUGAGUGAAGAGCCCAAGAAGAUCCGAGUGUCUCUGAACUGUGCUGGGGGGCGAUUGUCUUUUUUUGACGCUGACUCGGCAACCCUGCUCUACACCUUCUCAGAAGCCUCAUUCCCUGGAGAGACUCUCCUGCCCUUCUUUUAUGUGUCUGGAGAAGGCCGUUUGACUCUCUCACCCUGAGGCAGCCCAGGAGUGGCGAUAGAGUUACAUAAAAACUCUGCAGUUGCAACAUGCAUACAGUGUCCUACCCAGGUUCAGGCUCUGGGACACUUUUUUUCUCCAUUUGAGGAGAAUAGAGAUUUUGGUGUGGGUUGAGAUUUGUCUUUUUAAUAAGCAGUACUCUUCAGAUUCUAAAACAUAAUUUUCCCUCAGAAGAGGUUUGUAUCCACAAACCAGGAUCGGUUGACUUGACCUCCUGUUCCUAGACAGGGCCUCCUUUGCCGCCGCAAGCUUUGUCUUGGUGGCGUUCAUCACGCAUUUGGUGUGGGAGGGGUCAUCACUACCCACUUGGCCUGGCAGACCUGGAAUCCUCUGAAAGGGAGGGAGAAACCUCUCUUGCAUGAGGGGGCAUAGGCAGCCAUAAUCGAAAGACUGCUAAGCGCCACAGCGGAGGAUGUCAGGCAAAUGGCCGAGAGCCUGCUGUUCUGUCUCCCUGGUUCCCCCAAACUAGCUCUAGUCACCAACAGGGAAGGCGUGGGGGAAACAAGCUGAGUUUGUGAAAUUCGUGAAAGUAAGCACCACAGAAGCACAGAACAAACACUUUUCAGCACCUGUUGGAGUGAGAUAGGACAAAAAACUGAGGUUGUACGAAUCGCUCCUCCCUCCUAGUCAUGUGAAAGUUCUGUUAUUGGCCCUGUCUAGGAAUAGGAGGUUGAGUCAAUCCAUCCUGGUUUGCAGAUACAACCCAAACUUCUGAGGAGAAUGACCUUUCAGGUCAGUAUCAACUAUUCAUACUAUUAGUGUCAACUUUAUUACAGUCUCUGACCAGGGCAAGUAGGGUGGGGUGACGGGGGAACAAAAGAAACAGUACAAAACUGCAAAUAAAUCAAGAAAUAAAGAGAUACACAUAUUCAUAGUAAUAUAAACACAGUGUGGUAAAAGUAUUCAUUAGGUAAAGGAAUAUCCUAACCAGAUGAACACCUACCAGCAUACAUGUAUACCUGCUGAACUAUGCUCACCACAGAAAAAAGAAAGAAAAACCACCUGUCAGCUAAUUCAAGUUUGUGUGAUCAUCUAUUGAAAUUUGUUUGUGUUUAGACAAAAUGCAGCUACAUUGCUUGGAAUUUCAUCAUUCUGAUUAGAUAACUGACACAAAAAGGUUUGGUUGCCCUGGAAAAUUGGUAGGAAAAGGUAAUAUAUUUACUGUGGAUAUCAAUAUAAAAACCACAAUAAAGUAAAACGGCUGUUGUUCCUAUGUUACAAGAGCAGAGAUGUUUAGCAUAUGGUACUUUCCUGAAUUGCCCCUACAAAACAGCCAUUUGUUGUGCAUUGAAACAUACUAAUGUAAACACUACAAUACUUUGACACCAGAAUCAAGCAAAGAUGCCUGGCUGACCUAGUCUUAAUAGAUUGAUUACCUAAAAAGAUGCUUCUGUGAAUGUGACUCUGAUCAAUUUGGCCAUUAUGCAUAUGUUUUAUGUAUGUGUGAAUAUGAAAGUAUUGAACAGUAUGUUCUGUUCUUACAAACAGCAAUUUGGAGGCAUUUAAGAUUUUUAUUUUAUUUUAUUUCAUUUUUGCUGAGUUCUUUGUCUAGUCCUUCACUUGGCUUUCAUUGCCUGCUUACCUUUUCCAGAGUGGAAAGUAUUGCAACACGUCUAUCUGUAUCCCAUCCUUCUGUUGCACACAGGCAGAUCCCUCAAAACAUGUGACAGAUUACAAAAUCAGCUUCCUCUAAAGUUUCAUUCAACAUUAGCUGGAAAAGAAGAAAUAACGACUAAUGUUGCAAAGUUCUGUGUGGUGGCUAGGAAUGUUAGGCAUCAGGUAGUAGACCAGCUCAUGUAACUUGGGGUUUAUUUGUUAUGCUGAGACAUUAUACCAAACUACUGUAAGCACUGUUGAUUCUUAUUUGUACAUGUUUUGAUUUCUGGUCUUUGACUGUAAAUAAACUUGACUUGACUUGAAUAA